AUGGGUCAAUUCUGGACUCGAAUCUUCAAACAUAAAGAUGUGAGGAUUCUUUUAUUAGGCCUAGAUUCUGCAGGUAAAACAACAAUACUAUAUAAACUGAAACUAGAUGAGUUAGUAACAACUAUACCUACUAUAGGUUUUAAUGUCGAAACUAUUCAAUUUAAAGAUUUCAAUUUUACAGCCUGGGAUAUUGGCAGUCGAGAUAAAAUUCGUCCACUGUUCCGUCAUUAUUAUAAAGGAUCAGACGCAGUGGUAUUCGUAAUCGACAGCCACGAUAGAGAACGAUUGGAUGAAUUAAACUAUGAUGUCAUCAAACCUGCCGUGGCUGCUGAGGAAUUGAAGGAGUCUAUCUUUCUAUUUCUUGCCAAUAAAAAUGAUCUAGAAAAUAAUAUGACGACUGAGGAGAUCGUAGACAAAUUAGGAUUAAAAAAUCUCAAACAUAAAUGGAAUAUUAUUUCAGUAAGUGGGGUUAAAGGAGAUGGACUUCAUUCCGCUUUAGAUUGGUUAGCUUCAAGCCUCGGUUCCCUUCCUGUUAAAAAUCCAAAACAAGGACCAAACCCCUCCAAAACUCAAUCCAAACCUUCUGACAACAGUGUUACCAUGGCAACAGGGGAGACCAGCCAGUGUAAUGAAGAGGUCACUGGUCAAAAAGACUAUUGCUCACGAGCGUACAGUGCUUUAAAGUGUUUAUUUGUUAGGACUAACCGAACAAGUGAUAGUGAUGAUAAUGAUUAG